CUCUCGGAGAACUUUGAAGCGUUUCCGGUUAGCUUGGCCGGCUAGCUGCUAACAAAGACACGAAGUGGUCGAGCUAAGCAGAGACCGAGUGUGAGUGUAAAGUGGGAUCGUGUGAAAAUGUGUCAAGUCCAAAUGCUGAGAGCGUUGGUGAAUCAGCGACUAACUGCGGCUGUUGAAGAAAUAUUUGUAGUGUUGGAAAGAACCAUAGCAGAGUACGAGGAGGAACUUUCUCGAACAAAAGAGGAGAACGAGCGACAACGUCAACUACUGGACGCCGUUUUCAGGAAGCAGGAAGUUGUGUUUGCAUUUGCAGAUGCCAGUGAAGAAGAUGGUCUCCCUGAGCAGCAGGAGUGGAGCUCCAGGCUGGUGGCGGAGGAGCCAGAGCCUCCCCUCAUUAAAGAGGAGGAGGGGCAGCCACCGCCCCUGCACCUCAAAGAGGAAGAGCCGGCGCUCCCCCGCAUUAAAGAGGAGGAGGAGGAACACGGCAUCAGUCAAGAGGGAGCAACAGAAGCUGAUGGAGACCACUGUGGAGGAUCACCAGCAGACAAGCUCUUAGCUCCACUAUCAGAUAGUGAGCACACGACGUCACACUCUCCUGACACUGAUGAUGAUGAUGAUGAAGACUCUACAGCUGAUAUGACAUGUCACCCUGACAACACACGCUUGAAAUGCCACCACUGCGACAAGAGCUUCGGCAAGAAGGGAGCUCUUGAAACCCACAUGAGAUACCACACAGGAGAGAGACCCUACGUGUGCUCCGUGUGCGGUAAAGCCUUCACAAUAAAAGGACACUUGAGCAGACACGGAAGAACGCACAGCGGGGAGAAACCGCAUUCCUGCUCAGUUUGCGAGACCAGUUUCAGCGCUCGCUCGGCGUUGGUUCAACACAUGAGGACGCACACCGGAGAGAAACCUCACGCCUGCUUGGUCUGUGGUGAAAAAUUCUCCCAGAAGGGAAAUUUGAGCAGACACACCAGAACACAUAGCCGGGACGGCGUUUUUGGCUGCUCCGUUUGUGGGAAAAGCUUCUCUCAGAAAGGAUAUCUGAAGAUCCACACGAGAACUCACACGGGAGAGAAGCCGUACUCCUGCUCCUUCUGCGACGCCAGCUUUAGCGUCCGCUCGGUCUUGGCCAAACAUGUCAGAAGAAGACACACUAGCCUGCCGUGAGUAG